AUGUGGCUACUGUGGCAGAAAGCAGGUCAUGGAGUGUCAGUUAUGGCAUUCAAACCUGGAGGACCCAGUUCUCGGGAGUGCUUUCCUGGGGGACACCAGUUUCUUCAGAGCCCUUAUAGAAAUGUCCAUUUUGACUCCUUGCACCUCCAGCAGUCAGCCAUUCAAGACCUGAUAUGUGACCACUCCCUUUCCCCUGGAUGGUAUCAAUUUCUGCUCUUUGACAGACCUGCUGAGAUGCCAACCAAAUGUGUUGAGAUGAACCACUGUGGAACACAGGCCCCCAUCUGGCUGUCUCUGAAGGAUUCAGAAACACAGCCUCCACCUGGGGAACUCACGCAACUGACAGCUUGUGCCACAUGGCGGUUUUUGUUCAGCACUAUGGAAGACUGAUGUCUUUUUCAAAUCCCGGUGUCUGUACGAAACUGUGGCAAGUUUUUUGUGUACUUCCUACAGCCCACUCAAGGAUGCAUGGGAUAUUGUUCAGAAGCAGGUCAGCUGUCUGCCUCAUUACCACCACCACCUCCAGGAAGGCCAGAGGCUGUGGUGGAGCUUAUUGAGUCCAGGCUUUUCUGUAGGUGUGCUUUUGAUGUUUUCCCUACAAACAACUCGGUGGGGUUUCACAUAGCUUGGGCUAGGCUUUCUUCUCAAGAAAUCAAAGAAGAGCUGAAAUAAGAGACCACAGUUCAGGCAUUCUCUCUUUUAGAACUGGAUGGUAUAAAUCUCAGACUUGGAGACAAGAUAUUUUGGAGUGCUUCCGUCUUUUUCUUGGAGAACCCACAUGUACAAAGUUUAGCCACUGAAAGCCAAGAAUUUUUUGCCGGCAUUAAGUUAUAACCUGAAUUGAGCACUAUAUCUGAAGAUGGGAAUGGAUACCAGUUGAGGAUAAAGAGCACAGUUCCUAUUGUUUGUCCUAUUGGAUUCAGUGAGCUUGAUCAGGAGUGCAAAAUCUCAUUAAAACUGACAACUGUUGAUCAAGAUACAGAACAGGUAGGCUUAAAUUUGGCACUGUCUUCCUGUCACGUGGACCUUCACCAGACAUCAUCCUGUGCCAACGGAACCUGCAGCCAUGCUUUUGUCUACUAUACUGCAGUUACAGAUUUUUCACAAGAUGGGAAUAGAGUCACAAAUAUUGUAGUAGAACCUAUAGUUCAUGAGAAUUUCCUGUGGAACAGCUACAUUCCAGACAGCAUCCAGAUCAGAGUGAAAGAUGUCCCAACUGCUUACUGCUUUUCAUUUACUGAUCCACAUAUAAUCACCUUUGAUGGCAGGAUGUAUGAUAACGUCAACACUGGAACAUUUGUGCUGUAUAAGAGUAUGUCACGUGAUUCUGAAGUCCAUGUACAUCAGUGGGACUGUGGAAGCUUUCACUAUCCUGUGUCAUCUAACUGCGGCUUUGUUGCCAAAGAAGAAGGUGAUGUAGUUACUUUUGAUAUGUGCAGUGGUCAGCUACAUGAAUCACAGCCAUAUUUAUUUGUAAAGAGCCAAGAUGUAACCAGCAAUAUCAAGAUAAGUGAAUCUUACUUAGGAAGAAAAGUCACAAUAUGAUUUUCUUCUGGAGCUUUUAUCAAUGAUGAUCUUAGUGAAUGGGGCAUGAGUUUAACAAUCAGAGCUCCUAGUUUAGAUUACAGAAACACUCUGGGACUUUGCGGCACCUCUGAGGAAAAUCCAGAAAAUGAUUUCCAUGAUAAAAAUGGGAUCAUAACUGAUCAAACUUUUAAUAAUUGUGUUGCUUUUGUUAAUGAGUGGAGGAUCUUACCAGGAGAAAGCAUGUUUGACACAAUGCCAGUUUCUCUGCCAUCACGAAAACUAUCCUACUGUAGCUGCUUGCUGGACACUGCUUCACUGUAUCCACUGUAUUCACUGAUGAGAUCUUCUCAUCAUCUGGACACUGUUUCUCCAUCAGAGGUCGUUUCAGCUUGCAAAGACCCCAAACAUGUCAAAUAUUCUUCCUUGAUACCAGAGCUAGAUGUCACGUCUGAAUAUGUUAAUUCAGAAGCUCUUGUCAGAGAAAUAAGCAAUCAUACAUCUCAAGAAGAAAACAGCUUGCAUUUCCUCCCUCAAGAAAAAAGGCGUGUGAACCUAACCAAUCUAGACUUAAAUUUACAAAAUCACCCCAGGAGUGAAAACCAAGAUGCAUCAGAAACUUUGGACAAGGAGAGACAUACACAACAGGGUAAUCACAGCCAAGAAACAAGGUGGGGUCGACAAAGCAGAUGGAAACAGCACAAUUGUGAGUUUCUUCCUUUGUUUGCUUUCCAAAGUCUUGGCCAAAGUGACCUAGAAGAGUUCACUUACUUUUUCCCUGAGGACCACGCUGAGGAGGUCAACCAAGAGUUUGCCCCCACGUGGCCCACACCAUCUGGCCUCACUGAGUAUAGCACAUUGGCACCGUGUGAGCACACUCUGGCCACCUCCAGCAUAGGAAGGCACUGUCUUGGCUUUCUUGGCAAGAGACUAGACAGUGUGAUAGACAUGUGUCUAGAUCAUCUCCUAAAAGAUGAUCUAAGCUGGGAAGAAGCAGCUGUAGCUCUCUUAGAAAAUGAAUGUGAAAAGAGGAUUGAAGAGGGGAAAUAUAACAGAGAAGAAUACAGAAAGUCAAUUAAAGACAUUCUCUUGUCUUUAAAAUGCCCAAAUUUAUGCAGUGGCCGUGGGCAGUGUAUAGAAUGGGGGUGUGCAUGCUCCCCAGGCUUUGGUUCUUAUGAUUGCAGUGAUUCCCAAGACAAGGUUCCUGAGAUUAUAGAACUUGAGAAUGCUGGAUUCUGUAAUAUUUUAAAAUAUAACUGUGUGAUGGUGAGAGUUUUUGGUCAAGGCUUCAAAGAAUCACCUUCAAUUAAAUGUGAAGUUACUAAACUGAAGUAUAAUAGCAGUAAAUGGUUCCUUGAAGAAGCCCUCUACACAUACACUGUUUAUCAAAACAGCAGGACUGUUGAUUGUCAGUUGCCUGCUGAUGUUCAGCAGUCUAGUACCAUAGAUGUGAUGGGUGAGAAACCAAUCAUGAAGAGGCAAAUAAAGGUAUCUAAUGAUGGUUAUAGGUUCAGUAAUCCCAAAAUAAUGAUCAUAUAUGAUGGAGCUUGUCAAGUCUCUGGUCUCUAUGAAAAAGACUUGUGUACUAUAGAGGAAAAUGUUUGCAUUAUCAAUGGACUCUGCUACAUUGAAGGGGAUAAAAAUCCUACCAGCCCUUGUUCAAUUUGUAGACCGAAAAUUUCAAAAUUUACAUGGUCAUUUUUAGAAAAAAAUCAACUCCCAUUGAUUCAAAUUCCGCAAGAUAAAUUACAGACGUUUCAUGGGGAGAACUUUGUGUACCAGUUCACAGCUUUUGACCCAGAAGGCUCUGACAUUCAUUUUAUCUUGGACUCUGGCCCCAGAGGAGCAAAUAUCUCCUCUGCAGGACUUCUUAUGUGGAAAACAAAUUUACAAAUCCCCGAGCAAUUUACCCUGCAUGUUAAUGAUGACUGCAGUGCUGAAACUAGAGUCAUGAUUGAGGUGACUGUGACAUAUUGUGAUUGCUUGAAUGGGGGGACCAUAUGUGUGUGUGACAGGAAAUUUCUGCCAGGAAGUGGAGCAUACCUAUGUGUCUGCCUGCCUGGUUUUCAUGGAGAUCUUUGUGAAAAGAAUGUCACUGAAGGCCAGGUGAACCCCUGUGGUCUUGGCAAAUGCGUUAGAGCAGUUUACAGUUAUUCUUGUGAUUGUCCACCUGAGGUCAAAGUUGAAACAUGCAUUUAAAAUGAAUUUACUGCACAUACUGUGGUUCUCACAAGGUCUGACAACAGUGUAACUAAGGAAGAGGAUGGUAAAGAUGCCAACAGAGACAGGAAUGUUAAACCAACAAAUGGGAAUGCCUUUAUUAACCUUUUUGCCUUGAUUUUUCCAGUGAUUUGUAAAAAUCCUUGUGGAAGAAACAGAGAGUGUGUUGCCCCAAACAUAUGCAAAUAUAAACCUAGUUACACCAGUUCUAACUGCCAGACUGUUAACUUUUUUUUUUUUACAGCUAUAUGUCAUCCUGACUGCAAAAACCACAGAAAAUGUAUUAAGCCUAACAUUUGUGAAUGUCCCCUAGGAUUUGGUGGAGCAACCUGUGAUGAAGAAGACUGUAGACCACGUUGUCACCAUGGUGGAGCCUGCUUAGCUGGAAACCUCUGCAUGUGUCGUGGUUUUGUAGGAAUAAGGUGUGAAACAAUUGUCUGUAAUAGGCACUGUGAAAAUGGAGGCCAAUGUCUUAAACCAGAUGUCUGUGAGUGUAAACCUGGCUGGUAUGGACCUACCUGUAGCACAGCUUUAUGUGACCCUGUUUGCCUCAAUGGUGGUUCCUGUAAUAAGCCAAACACUUGCAUCUGUCCAAAUGGAUUCUUUGGUACACAGUGUCAGAAUGCUCUCUGCCAGCCUCCCUGUAAGAGAGGUCACUGCGUGAGAAAUAAAGUGUGCGCCUGUCCUGAAGGAUACACUGGUAUGAGAUGCCAAAAAAAUAUCUGUGUUCCCAUGUGCAUUAAUGGAGGAAAGUGUGUGGGACCAAACCUUUGCUCUUGUCUUUCUGGCUGGACAAGGAAACAAUGCAACACACCUAUCUGCUUUCAGAAGUGUAAAGCUGGUGGUGAAUGUAUCGCUCCCAGCACAUGCCAUUGUCCUACCACAUGGGCAGGAGAACAGUGUGAAAUACCAAUUUGCGAUCAAAAGUGUCUUUAUGAAGGCAGAUGUGUACUCCCCAACAUAUGUUCUUGCUGCACUGAGCAUUCUGGGGUCAAAUGUGAAAAGAAAAUAAAGAUCCGUCGGGAAGCACAUUAA